AUGAAGAUUUCAUAUGUAACGUUGUGCGUUACGCUUAUGUUGUUCCUUGCACAGACAGAGUUAUCAGUAGGAGAAGUAACAUGCAAUGCAUUACAGCUGAGUGCAUGUGCAAAUGCGAUCACUUCCUCAAACCCUCCAUCUGCAACUUGUUGCAGUAAAUUGAAGGAACAGAAGCCUUGUCUUUGCAAAUAUUUGAAAGAUCCUAGUCUUAAGAAACUUGUUACCUCUCCUAAUGCCAUUAAGGUUGCUGACAUAUGUGACUCGCCAUUCCCGAUUUGCUAG